AUGAAAGAAUUCAUUUUGUGUUCUUUUUACAUUUUAUUUGUUCCGCCUUACUCACUAGCUGCUUCCUCACCACACGUAUUCAUUUUUCUUUGUAAAUUUGCUUUUUUUUCUCAUCUCAUGGCUUUUCUCUUUCUCUUCCUUUUAAUUUUUCCCUUGAUUGAUUAUUUUCUUUAUUUUCUUUUAAUUAUUCUUUCUUUAUAUUCUACCGCCAUUUUUUUCUUCAUUCUGGAUAUUAUAUCUUCAUAUCAUUCCUUCUUUUUUAUUUAUCUCUUAUUCAUUCCUUAUUUCAUUCUAUUUGCAAGCUUUCUUUUCUUUUCUUUUUUCGCAUCUCCUGUUUUCAUUCCGUUACUUUUUUUUUCCCCUAUUGUCCUUUCUUUCUCUUUUCACUUUCCUCAGUUUUUCUUUCUUCGUUCCUUCAAAGACGCUAUUUUUAUUAUUUGCACUUCUUUGGCAUUUUCCCCAUCAUUCUUUUCAUUUCCAUUGUCUCUCUUCCUCUUCAUUCAAUCUCGUCUUCACUUCACUAAUUCAAAGCAACGCUGA